AAGUAUGCAAUAUCAGCUCAUCAUUGAGCUGAAUGUGAAAGAACGCUGAACCUUAUCGGCUAUAGCUGGCUGGCUUAAUCGCACGGAGAAAAGGGUACUUGAAGGUAUAUUUAUAAGUUACCUUUUUAUCCCUUGCUGCUUUACAUUCCUUCACUCCUCGUCUAAGCAGGUAAAGUAUUUCGUAAGAUAAUCUCCUGCUUCGAUAAAGAUUGCAUUAACCUUAACCACCGGAACAUAUCAGCCCAUUCCGCAAUGUGUUAAGCCCUACUACUACGGUAAUAAAACUGUCCUAAAAACGAGUUGAUGUAGAGUACCAUAAGAUGCACUUUGAACACAAACACCAUCGACCAGUGUACACCGAUAUAUGAUGAUGAUGUGAUGUGAUGUGUGCAUUCAUUCAGUACGUCUUGCGUUAGAAAAGGUCCUUGAAUGACGCAGUGCAUUGAAGUCAAGUGUGUAGGGAGGAAACUAUUACGAGUGUGCAAUUGAUUGCACUCUUCUGGUAUUAGUUCUUUCCCCUUCGUUAAUCGGCUCGUGCGACACACACUUGAUACUAAUUCUGCAAGAAAGCCGCUGCACGGCUGGCCGUUUUUAAAUCGCGUGAAACCGGUUGCAAUCGUGCAGUAGCUUCCCAGCAAGCGAUAGAGCAAGGUAUCACAUACAACCGCGGAUCAUCGCCAGGAUGAAGCAGCAGCAAACCUUUUCCAACGUGGGCAUGUGCCUGCUGUCGUUGCUGGUGCUGCUAGUAGCAGCCAGUACGGCCCACGCUCGCUCGACCAAAUCAGGAUUUCAAGUAGACAGUGAAGACGGCCGACUGUCUGUGCCGGAGCUGGUGUCUAAGUACGGCUACCACGUGGAGGAACACUCGCUAUCGACGGACGAUGGCUACCGGCUGACGAUUCACCGUGUGCAAGCGGCAAGCUACACGAACGGUACGGUCGUGCUGCUGAUGCACGGGCUGCUGUGCAGCUCGGCCGACUGGCUGAUGAUUGGCCCGGGCAAUGCACUGGCCUACCUGCUCGCGAACGAGGGCUACGAUGUGUGGUUGGGCAAUGCGCGCGGCAAUCGGUACUCGCGCGAUCACGCCUCGAUCAGCCCGGACGACGACAAUUCGUUCUGGAAGUUUUCCUGGCACGAAAUCGGACGCUACGACAUUCCGGCCACGAUCGACUACAUACUGGAGCAAACGGGACACCGGCGUUUGCAGUACGUGGGCCACUCGCAGGGCACGACCGGAUUCUUCGUGAUGGCUUCCACCCGGCCAGAAUACAACGAUAAGAUCAUCCAGAUGAAUGCCCUCGCUCCGGUUGCCUUCAUGGGACACAUGAAGAGUCCGCUGCUGCGAUUCAUGACCAAGUUCCUGAAGACGCUCGACAUUCUGCUGGCCGUAUUCGGCGUCGGCGAGUUUAUGCCCAACAAGCCGAUACUGCACGAAAUCGCCCAGCUCAUCUGUCCGCCGAACUCGACGGUGCACAUUAACAUGUGUGCGCAUCUGCUCUUCCUGCUGGCCGGGUACAACCCUUCGCAGCUGGAUCCGGUGAUGCUGCCGAUCCUGUUCGGACAUACGCCAGCCGGUUCGGCCACGCGGCAGUUGGUGCACUACGCCCAGGAGGUGCUGUCGAAUCGGUUCGAAAUGUAUGACUAUGGAAAGCUGAAAAAUGUACUGAUCUACGGUUCGGCUACACCGCCCGAGUACGAUCUUUCGCGCGUAACGGCACCGGUAGUGAUGUACUAUGGGAUGAACGAUUUUCUCGCCACACCGGAGGACGUGAACCGGCUGGCCAGGAAGCUGCCCAACCUGAAGCGAAGCGUUGCGGUGAACGACGUGCUGUUUAACCAUCUGGACUUCUUGAUCGCGAGCGACGUCCGACACUUGCUCUACGAACCGGUGAUGGAAGGAAUGGCAUCCGCUGAAGUGGUGGAUUAGGGGGAUGGGAUAGAGAAUAGUGCAUGUCAAGGAGGGAGGGGGGUAGGUUGAAGUGCAGUCAACUUGACUGAACUUUCCACAUACGUUCAAGUAUGUGAUAGUAGGUUUUAUUGUGAUCUAGGGAAGUUUGCUGUGGUAUUUAUGUAUAAACCCGAACGGAAAAAAACAGCGCAUUAAGUUGAAGCAUCGAAUAGUUAGCGCAAAGUGUCUAAUAAAGAUAAAUAUGAACA